AUGAGUUUGCCUGAGCCACCGUCCUCAUUGGACAAUGGCUGCUCUGUCAUUCACGACAACAUUCUAUAUGUUUUUACGCCGACGGCCUUCAUGGCUCUGCCCUUGGAAGAAGACGCAGAAUGGAAGAAACUGGAGACGGGACAGCAGGUUACCGGUGGAGUAUGUGUUGGUACCGACGCCGCGCUGUUUGUUGUUGGAGGUAGCGGCGGCCCUGCUGAGUACAACGGUCUUCAAAAAUUCACUUUCGCAGACAAGAAAUGGGAGACUAUCCAAACCGAUAACCCAGCGUUCAGAAACCUGCAGUACCAUGGUGCCGCUUAUAUAAAGAACGCCAACCGGAUCGUUGUCGCGGGUGGUAACCAAGACGGUAGAGAAGCACCCUCGCAGAACACAUAUUACAUCGACCUUGCAAAUGCGAUGAAUAUCAUGUCUGCGGCUGGCGCCCCUCCGGUUAUCAGCCCCGUUGUUAUACCGUGGUCUGAUGAUGCGGCCUGUAUUCUGUGGGACAAGGAAGUCAGAACAUUCGCUUCAAAUGGAUGGGUCAACAACGAUGUCACUCUGGCAGCGCCCCUUCCGCCUUCUAGCAAAGCUCUUGUUUUGUCAGGAGACGAUGGCUCUAAGAGCCUCUAUGUUUUCGACCUUGCAGCAAGCCCCAAUGUGGUCCAUCGAUAUGCUGUUUGGGGAGCUAACAACCAAGGUAUUCAAGGGGCCGUUGAUGCCAACGCGAAGCGUGACCUCUCUUUGAAUGACUGGCCUGAUUAUAACUCGACACUGGCUCCUACCAUCACACGUGCUCAAGGACAAUACUCGAUUGCCCAAGACUCAAAUGGCAAGGUUGCAUUCGUCGGUGGCAACGCUGAUGAACCCCUCGCCUUUUUCGAUAUGAAGGAAAAUUCGUGGCUCAAUGCCGCAGACGUCGUUGGUGACCAGAAGAUCCUUUCAGCAGAGUCUUCCACAGCCACCACAAAGACCAAGACCAGCUCUACCAAAACAUCCUCAUCCGAUUCAUCCACCAAGACGAAGUCUGUCACCUCGGACGCAUCAUCCACUUUCGCUACAUCUACUGCUGCAGCUUCAGAAACCGAGAGUCUGUUUUCCUCGGAGACAAUCUCAGAGUCCAGCUCCGCUACUAGCACCGACGCCGCGUCUAUCGCUGGUGGAAGUAGCGACGGCGACUCUGGCCUAAGCUCUAACGCCAUCCUGGGUAUAACUCUUGGCACGAUCCUGGGUUUCCUUGCCCUGCUCGUUGUUAUCCUCCUACUCCUACGUCGCCGCAAGAAGGCACAGCAACAGCCCCCACCAGAACGGGGACAGCCUAAGAACGGAUUUCCUUCUGACCAGAAAGAUCCUACGGGUCUUGGCGGUGCUCCGGUAGCGCCUUUCCGUGGCCACCAGUCCAACAUGUCACAAGAAUCGUUCUCGUCCAUGACAAUCUUGAUGGGCGGUGCUGGCAAGAACACCAAGACUGCUGCCCCCCGUGAAGUGCGCAACCUCGCUGAUGAGAAGGAAAUGGGAUUCGGUGGUGCCAGCCCGGCGUCGCCUCACUUCCGAAACCACGUGUCGACCAUGUCCCAAGAUUCCCAGUCAUCCAUGGCGAUCUUAAUGGGUCGUGCUGGCAAAGGCAACGGCAACAAUGGUAACGCUGCUGGCAAUGAUCAAACACAGUUCAAAUCUACUAUCGGUAAGCCAGUUCUGCAAGAGCCCCAGUACCCAACCGUGCAAGGACAGGAUGCCAAAGGAGUUGCCUUCGACCCCAACGUCGCCGAGCCCCGAUCACGUAACGGCCCCCUCGAAACCCAAGACGGGUUACGAAGAAGCUCCGGCUGGAACCGCUACUGGUCUGGUGGCAGCGCUCUUCAAAUUCUCGGCUUCGGCGGACCUCCUAAGCGGAACACUGUCAGCUCAGACACCGACUCGCAUUACUCCGAACAGCCAGGCUUCCGAAACCCCCGUGUCACACAGGACUCCGCCACUGUUCCUCCUCUUAACUUCGAGUUCCGUCCUGAGAUGAACCGGGUUAACUCUGGAAGCCCCGUCGUCUCAGAGUACAGCAAGAACAUUCCCUUCCGGGAUGGCGUUGCUGGUAAGAUCGAAAGACCAAUCUCGAAGGUGUCCUCCGGCUACUCCAGCGGCAUUCCUGAAAGCGUCAAUGAGACCUGGGAUCCCGAGUCCAAGGACAAGCCAUGGGGAACCGACAGAGCGACCAGCAGCAUUUACAACCCCAGCUUUUACUUUGGGCAGCCACUCUCUCCCAGAGUUCCUCCUCCUCAAACACCCCCAUCCGGAGUGAGCACUCAGCCCCAGCUUGCAAUGGCAUCACAGUCGAAUGACAUGAGUUGGCUCAACCUCGGUGACCGAGCUCGCCAGUAA